GCAGGAAUGGUCAAUCGCACGAAUUGGAAUUCACUAGCAUUGGGACGUCGUCUCACCCGCCUCAAGACAGCACAAGAGGAGGGCGAGACUGGGCUGGAGGCUGAGAUUGCCGAGAUUGAAAGCACAAGGGCCGAACAAAUACGGGCGAAGAAUACUGAACUGAUCAGAAAGCGUCGUGCGGAAGAAGCAGAGUUAGAAGAGCGCGCAAGGCAGACGCAGCUUCCGAGUAGCGAUGACAGGCGUUUUGAAGGCCUAUACUUAUGACCCAUGGAAUGACCCUUCACUCCAGACUUAUUUCGCUCGCGCGCGUCC